AUGGAAAACUCUACUCCUCUGAAUCAAGAAAAAGAAACUCAAGAGCCAAAGGAAGCAGAGGAACUAUGGGAAGGAGCAGCAGCAGCUUCUCCCCAGGAUCCUGGUUUCCUGGCACCUGAGUGCCUGGAAGAGGAGCCAAGAUCAGACACUGAACCCCAUCGCAGAAUGAGCCCCUCUUGGGGCCGCCAGUCUAGAGCCAGCCUGUCUCUGGAAGACCUCACCGGACCAUUAGUGUCAUCCUCUCCUCCUCUGCUUCCUUCAGUGUUUCCUUCCACUCCUCCCCUUAUUGCAUCUCUGCAGGACCGUGUGGCUUCAUCACCGGCAGAGAGGGUCCCUGGUGGGAUUUCUGACUCUGCGACACCUCAUUCUGAUGCCUGGGAUUCAGCUUCUGCUGCAAGACAAAUAACUUCUCACUACAUGAGCCAAUCAGAGGAAAGCGCCUUCCCCCAGUCUCAGCCACUGCAGUUUGACCUGCGUGGGCCAGGGGAUGCCAGCCCUGACAAGCCCAAGGUCAAAGGGCUGAGAUUCGACCUUUUACAGGAGGAAGACUCAAACAGUAACUGUGAUCCAGAUCAGCCUGAGUUUGGGGCCAAUGAAGCCGCCCCCAGUAUGCUUGAAGUGGCCAUUCAGAAUGCAAAGGCGUACCUACUGAGUACAAGCAGCCAGUCUGGUUUAAACCUAUAUGAUCAUCUUUCCAAUGUGUUGACCAAGAUAUUAGAUGAGCGUCCUGCAGAUGCUGUUGACAUCAUUGAAAAUAUAAGCAAAGAUGUGAAAAUGGCAAAUUUUAAUAAAAAAUUAGAUACACUCCACAAUGAAAAUGAGAUGCUUCCGGCAUAUGAAAUAGCAGAGAAGCAAAAGGCUCUUUUUCUCCAGGGACAGGUGGAAGCCACUGAUCCAGAACUGGAGGAGGAAAUUGCAGAAAGCUCUCUGCCCAAUGUGAUGGAAUCAGCUUAUUAUUUUGAACAAGCUGGAGUUGGUUUGGGGACAGAUGAGACUUACCGGGUGUUUCUUGCCCUCAAACAACUGACUGACACCCACCCAAUCCAAAGAUGCCGCUUCUGGGGCAAGAUCUUGGGUCUGGAAAUGAAUUACAUUGUUGCUGAAGUGGAAUUUCGUGCUGGUGAAGAUGAGGAGGAGGUGGAAGAGGAAGGGGUAGCAGAAGAGAGGGACGCUGGAGAGAGUGAAGCUGGUGAAGGCGAAGAGGAUGAAUUGCCCAAGUCCGAGUAUAAGGCCCCGCAGGCUAUCCCUAAGGAGGAAAAUAGAACAGGUACCAACAAGUAUGUCUAUUUCGUUUGCAAUGAACCUGGAAGGCCGUGGAUGAAGUUACCUUCAGUUACACCUGCACAAAUUGUUACUGCAAGAAAAAUCAAGAAAUUUUUCACUGGGCGACUAGAUGCGGCCAUCAUAAGCUACCCACCCUUCCCAGGAAAUGAAAGCAAUUACUUAAGAGCACAAAUUGCCCGAAUUUCAGCAGGGACCCACGUCAGUCCUCUAGGGUUUUAUCAGUUUGGGGAAGAGGAAGGAGAAGAAGAAGAGAUGGAAGGUGGUCGAGACAGCUAUGAGGAAAACCCCGAUUUUGAAGGCAUCCAAGUGACUGAUCUGGUGGAAUCUCUAUCCAAUUGGGUCCAUCAUGUACAGUACAUUCUUCCUCAGGGUCGCUGUACUUGGUUCAAUCCUAUACAAAAAAAUGAGGAGGAAGAAGAGGAGGAAGAUGAAGACAAAGAAGAAAAGGGAGAGGAGCCUGACUACAUAGAACAAGAAGUGGGUCCUCCUCUUUUGACACCAAUCUCUGAAGAUUUAGAUAUUCAGAAUAUACCCUCCUGGACAACACGGCUGUCCUCAAAUCUCAUUCCACAGUAUGCUAUUGCUGUCCUUCGAUCCAAUCUUUGGCCUGGAGCAUAUGCCAUUUCUAAUGGCAAGAAGUUUGAAAACUUCUACAUAGGUUGGGGUCAUAAAUAUAGUGUGGAGAAUUACACACCCCCAGGCCUGCCACCAGUCUAUCAAGAAUAUCCCAGUGGACCAGAAAUUACAGAAAUGGAUGAUCCUAGUGUGGAUGAGGAACAGGCUUUCAGGACUGCACAAGAGGCCAGUGUACUUUCAGCUGACGAGAAUGAAGAAACUGAAGAUGAAGAAGAAGACGAUGACGACUAA